UCAAAUCAAUGUAAUUCACACACAAUUCAAAAGAAAAAAUACAUGUAUCAGUACCUACCUACCUACAUAUUUGUUUUCUUUCUUCGUUUCGUGGUUCUGCUUGCCGAUGCAGAGUGUUUCCCUGAUAAUAUUUAUUAAAUUUUUAUUCUGUAAGAUUGUUGUAUAAUUGUUACAACUGUAUUUUAGAAUAAAAAAUUGUAAUCAACGUUUUCAAAUAAGUAAAAACUAGGUAGUUAGUACUCAUGUCGGGUAAAAAAUGCAAACAUUGUGGUUCAUCGGAAAUCGAAGUAGAUCCAGCGCGCGGAGACGCCGUGUGUACCAAUUGUGGUACGGUUCUGGAGGAUAACAUUAUAGUUGCAGAAGUCGAGUUCCUAGAAAAUGCUCGUGGAGGUGCUUCAGCUAUUGGGCAAUUCGUGUCUGCAGAAUCGAAGGGUGGUGCGACUGGUUUUGGACGAGCAUUCAAUGCUGGCAUUGGUCAAGAGUCCAGGGAAAUCACACUCCGAAAAGCAAGAGAUGGCAUUACAGUUCUUUGUCAGCAACUGCGCCUUAAUCAGCAAUGUAUAGAUAUUGCUUGCAAUUUCUUCAAAAUGGCCCUUUCCCGACACCUUACUAUUGGUCGACCUGCAUCUCACACCCAGGCAGCCUGUGUUUAUAUGACAUGUCGGACUGAGCGCACAGACCAUCUUUUGAUAGACAUCAGUGACGCACUACAGAUAUGCUGCUACCAGCUCGGCCGCACCUACUUCAGAUUGUCAAAAGCACUUUGUAUAGUUAUACCGCCUACAGAUCCAUGCAUGUACAUACUGCGUUUCGCGUCACAGCUGCAAUUCGAGAACAAACUCCACGAGGUCACCACGACGGCGCUGCGGCUCGUGAAGAGGAUGCAAAAAGACUCCAUCCACUCGGGGCGACGACCCUCUGGCAUAUGUGGUGCAGCUAUCCUCAUAGCCGCUAGACUGCACAACUUCUCAAGAACGCCGUCAGACGUGGUGCGAAUAGUGAAGGUGCACGAGUCGACGAUAAGGAAGCGGCUCAUGGAGUUCGGUGAGACGCCAUCUAGCGCGCUCACAGUGGACGAGUUUAUGACUGUGGACCUGGAGGAGGAACAGGACCCGCCGGCGUUCAGAGCUGCGAGGAAAAGGGAUAAAGAGCGGCUGCAGAAGCUGAUAGAAGAAGAGGAUGGCGAGAAGGAACUGACAGAGCUGCAGAAAGAGAUAGAUGCACAGUUAGAAAAGGACAACUUUAGAAGAAAGAAAGCGGCCGCGACUGCUACCCCCGCGUCGUUAUUAGGAUUAGUAGCGGAUACUGGGAGCGUAGAAGACGCGGACGCAUCCAGAUUCGCCGCAGAAGAUACAUUGAACCUGAUCGGGGAAAUAGCGAGCGACGGCGCGAAGGAAAAGACCUUGGGAACUACGGAAAGGUUGAAGUUGGAGAAAGGUUUAGCCCCCGACUUAGCAGUCAUAGGUCUCGGCCAAUCUGAAGAGAAGUCUGACAAGGACAAGUUCGUGAAACCGGAACCCAAACAACAGCAGUACGGCAAAGAUCUAUAUGCCGACGAGCUGCUGCUGAGCGAGCGCGAUGAGGACUACAUCGAUAGCCUCAUCAUGUCCGAGGAGGAGGCCAAACAUAAGACUGUGCUGUGGCAUAAGAUCAAUGCUGGCUACUUGAAGGAACAGAAAAUCAAAGAAGAAUUACGUGCGAAAGAGAAGGAAGAGACCAAAGACAAGAAGAAGAAAGUGCGCGGCUCUUACAAGAAAAAGGUCGCCUGUAACGCCGCCACGGCCGGGGAGGCUAUAGAGAAGAUGUUAGCAGAAAAGAAGAUUAGUACAAAGAUCAACUACGAUAUAUUGAAGAGUUUGGACCAACCCGGCACGCCUGCGCCGGCGCCUGCCACGCCGUCUCGAGAAAUUUUAUAUGAAACCAAAAAGCCUUCGACGCCAUCAGGGCUGGUACCCCAAUCUCCUGUGCCGCGGAAGCGCAAGAAGAAGACUCCCGCGCUGCCGCAAUUGUCGCUGGCCAGCCCCGCGCCGCCCUCCCCCGCGCCCCGCACGCCCGCCACGCCUGCGACACCGGCGCCACCUACACCCGUCAAUGAAACGGCAGACGAUUACGACGAAGAUGUGGAGGUGGAGCCUGCACAUUCUGGCUACGAAUCGCUGUCGGCCAUGUUGCAAAAUGGCGGCGGUGACGACGAGGACUACUACGGUUAUGAAGAGUACUGAAGACUAUUGCGUUGUUUGUUAAAGAGCCAGAGAAAUGAAUUUGUUUGUGUGUUGAAUAUAUUAUUAAAAUAUUGAAGGCACUGGAUCAUUGCUAUAUUCUCAGAAGAGGCAGGAGAGAAGCAUUAUGUAAGUGUAUCAGAUUUAAACAGUUAUAAGUUAAAAGUUUAUAACGUUGACGCUUUAAUAGUAGCUCGAGGCUGGAGUCGGAGAGAAAAUUAUUUUCAGGUCGCUAGCAUAACUAUAGAACAUAAAAUCAGCCAGAUGCUAUAGAAAAUAAAAUGAAAAUCUCUGUAUAGCUUCAUAGCGCAGUUGUAAUGUUUGUCUUUGAUUUUGCAAAGCGGCGGGUUCCGCGUUUUUUUUUCUUAGGCUUGUAUAUAUACAUAUGUUUACGUACGCUAUAAUAAUAUGUUAUAAUAUACAAGGAGAUUGGCUAGUUUUCAUGAGAGAUAUUUCCUAAAAUAAUCGUUUCAUUCGCAUUUUUACUUAAGGAAAGGAAUUUUAAAUGCAAUAUAAAUGUUUUUUUUUAUCGCAUCUGUCAAUGAUUACACAAUACACUGAUUUUAAACUAAAAUAGUUAAUUAUUUAAGUGGGAUUUUAAGGUAAUUAGUUUUAUUUGAUGUAGUAUUUCAUUGUGUUCAUAGACUUAAUAUACUUCUUUCAUCUUAGAUGCGUGGCCAAUUGUUGUGAAUAAAAUUAUGUAGUUAUGUCACAUACAUAUUAUCUGUAAAGCGGUCAUUUUAUUGUUAUUUAUGUUAGUAAGAUGUCUUUGUAUUGAUAGCAUAAUAAAUACCAUUACGCAUGUAAAAGUAAAAAAUAAUUUGGACUCUAUUUUGUAUUCUAUAAUCAUGAGAUCAAGCAAUGAGAAAAAAUAAUGUUACAAUCAUAUAAAUGUGAUUGAACCCCCUUCCAUUAAUAAUUGUGUUUGCAUCUAAGUCCAAAAGUAGUGUCCUGUAGUAAUGUCUAUUUUUAGUCCCAUUGUUUGGCUGUAUGUCUUUAGUUUGUCUUGUUUUAUUAAAAAAGCCAUGAGUCAAAAUAAACCAUAGAUCUCAAAAACUUAAUAUUAUUAUGUUUUAAUAUAUACCAUACACUAUUUUAUACUUAAUUUUUCUUUAUUAGUUAUAUAGUUUUUUUUAAUGAUGGUUUUAUUUAUCUUGUAUAAAAGUUGUAAAAUAUUGCGAUAGAUCAAGUGAUAGGUUGAUAGAGCACGUCUAAACAAGUCGUUUCAUGGUGAAUCAUUAGUUAAAUUAUUGUCUAAUCAAAGCAUUGGAUUAUAUUAAAUAAAAACCCAUCAAACAACUUCUUUAUACAUUUUAUAGCGACUAAAAAAAAUUAGUCGCAAUAAAAUGUAUAAUGAAUUAGUUGUAUGUAUGCAUUUAUAAACAUUUUUAGCAAUUAUUAAAGAAAAUAGGUAGGUACUUGUUUGUCUUUAGAGAUUACUAAAAGUACAUUGUUAGUGUAAUACCUUAAUUACCUAGGUAAGAUCUGAAUUGUUUAUUUGAGAGGAAAGUGAAAAGUACAUGCCUGUAAUUGAUGUAUAUUUUUAUAUUAUUCGUAAGUUGUAAAAAUGUAAAAAAUCGCGUUAUGUGAGCACAUUUAUAUGUCAGGUAUACUUUGAUUAUUAUUUAAUUUUAAACGAAAUCUUCCUAUGUCAAUGCUACUGUGCGCCUUUUAUCCUUGAUAAUAUCCGUUUAAUAUUAUAUUAAUGUCUAAUACAUAUAACACCAACAUGUAAAGAACCUUAUAGUCAUGUUUAAUCACAGUAAGAAUAAAAAAUAUAUGUGUGCAAACGCAGGUGUAUCAUCUUUGUAAAUAAAUGUUACUUUGUGUAAGAGUGUCGUAUCUUGGUAUAUAUUUCU